GGAGGCAACGAGGCGGAGGCGGGAGGCGCAGCGAGCAGCGAGGCUGAGCGGGUGGGAAGCCGACCCCCUCCCCCUUCCCUCCUCCUCCUCCUCCUCCUCCCGCUUGCCUUCCUCUCGCCUGGCUAAGCAGCCGCCGCGGCCAUGACCGACAACAUCCCCCUGCAGCCGGUCAGGCAGAAGAAGCGGGCGGACAACAAGCACCGCGGCGGAUGUUGCGAGUGCUUAAGAUGUUGUGGAAGAAGAGACCCAAGGCCUCGAACAGUUUGGCUUGGCCACCCAGAAAAAAGAGACCAGAGAUACCCCCGCAAUGUCAUCAACAACCAGAAAUACAACUUCUUUACUUUUUUACCAGGGGUGCUGUUCAAUCAAUUCAAGUACUUCUUCAACCUUUAUUUCUUAUUUCUGGCCUGUUCUCAAUUUGUUCCUGAAAUGAGGCUUGGUGCACUUUACACAUAUUGGGUUCCACUGGGUUUUGUGCUCGCUGUUACUAUCAUCCGUGAAGCUGUGGAAGAGAUCCGAUGUUGCAUGCGUGACAAGGAAGUGAACUCCCAGAUCUACAGCAAACUCACAGCAAGAGGGACAAUGAAAGUGAAAAGCUCCAGUAUUCAAGUGGGGGAUCUUAUCAUUGUGGAAAAGAAUCAGCGUGUCCCUGCCGACAUGAUCUUCCUAAGAACAUCAGAAAAGAAUGGGUCCUGCUUUCUCCGAACGGAUCAGCUGGAUGGUGAAACGGACUGGAAAUUACGCCUGCCAGUUAGCUGUACUCAGAGGUUACCCACGGCUUCAGACCUUCUUCAAAUCCGCUCAUAUGUGUAUGCAGAGGAACCAAACAUUGACAUCCACAACUUCGUUGGAACAUUCACUCGAGAGGACAGUGACCCACCUGUGAAUGAAAGCUUAAGUAUUGAAAAUACGCUAUGGGCAAGCACAGUCAUUGCUUCAGGAACAGUUGUGGGAGUUGUUCUGUACACAGGUCGGGAACUGCGCAGUGUUAUGAAUACAUCAAAUCCACGGAAUAAGAUUGGCCUCUUUGACUUGGAAGUGAAUUGCCUCACUAAGAUUCUCUUUGGAGCCUUGGUGGUAGUCUCUCUUGUCAUGGUUGCUCUCCAACACUUUGCUGGCCGCUGGUACCUUCAGAUCAUCAGAUUUCUUCUUCUUUUCUCAAAUAUAAUUCCAAUUAGUUUACGUGUAAAUCUUGACAUGGGGAAAAUAGUCUACAGCUGGAUGAUCCGGAGGGAUUCUAAAAUUCCUGGCACUGUAGUUCGAUCCAGCACUAUCCCAGAACAACUCGGAAGAAUAUCCUAUUUGCUUACAGAUAAAACAGGAACCCUAACACAGAAUGAAAUGGUUUUCAAACGCCUUCAUCUUGGAACAGUGUCUUAUGGAAUAGAUUCCAUGGAUGAAGUUCAGAGCCAUAUAUUUAGCAUAUAUACUCAGCAGUCCCAUGAACCACCUGCUCUAAAAGGCCCAACUCUGGCUACCAAAGUUCGUAAAACCCUGAGCAGCCGUGUCCAUGAAGCUGUGAAAGCAAUUGCCCUCUGCCAUAAUGUGACUCCUGUCUAUGAAUCAAAUGGUGUGACAGAUCAAGCCGAAGCCGAGAGGCACUAUGAAGAUUCUUGCAGGGUGUAUCAAGCAGCUAGUCCUGAUGAGGUGGCCCUGGUACAGUGGACCGAAAGCGUAGGCUUAACGUUGGUUGGCCGGGACCAGUCUUCUGUGCAGCUGAGGACCCCUGGUGGCCACAUCCUAAAUUACACCAUCCUCCAGAUAUUUCCGUUCACCUACGAAAGUAAACGGAUGGGAAUCAUUGUUCGGGAUGAAUCUACAGGGGAAAUAACAUUCUACAUGAAAGGAGCUGAUGUCGUGAUGGCUGGUAUUGUUCAGUACAAUGACUGGCUUGAGGAAGAGUGUGGUAAUAUGGCACGGGAAGGAUUAAGGGUCCUUGUUGUAGCAAAGAAAUCCCUAUCUGAGGAGCAAUAUCAAGAUUUCGAGGCUCGCUACAUCCAAGCAAAGUUGAGUGUUCAUGACCGUUCAUUGAAGGUUGCCACUGUGAUAGAAAGCCUUGAGAUGGAGAUGGAGCUGCUCUGUCUAACUGGAGUGGAAGAUCAACUGCAAGCAGAUGUCAGACCAACUCUGGAAACUCUGAGAAAUGCUGGUAUUAAGGUAUGGAUGCUCACAGGAGAUAAACUAGAAACAGCCACGUGUACAGCUAAGAAUGCACAUCUGGUAACCAGGACUCAGGACAUUCAUAUAUUUAGACUGGUGACUAACCGUGGAGAAGCUCAUUUGGAGCUUAAUGCAUUCCGACGCAAGCAUGACUGUGCCCUGGUGAUUUCUGGUGAUUCUUUGGAGGUGUGUUUGAAAUACUACGAGUAUGAAUUUAUGGAAUUAGCGUGCCAAUGUCCAGCAGUGGUCUGCUGCAGGUGUGCCCCAACACAGAAAGCUCAGAUUGUACGCUUGCUCCAGGAGAGAACUGGAAAGUUGACCUGCGCAGUAGGUGAUGGUGGCAAUGAUGUCAGUAUGAUUCAGGAGGCUGACUGUGGAGUUGGGGUUGAAGGAAGGGAAGGAAAGCAAGCUUCCCUUGCUGCAGACUUCUCCAUCACUCAAUUUAAGCAUCUGGGCCGUUUACUGAUGGUGCAUGGGAGGAACAGCUAUAAAAGAUCUGCAGCUCUCAGCCAAUUUGUGAUCCAUAGAAGCCUGUGCAUCAGUACAAUGCAGGCUGUCUUCUCUUCGGUGUUCUACUUUGCUUCAGUCCCCCUUUACCAGGGCUUCCUCAUCAUUGGGUACUCUACUCUCUAUACCAUGUUUCCAGUGUUUUCUCUCGUACUGGACAAAGAUGUCAAAUCAGAAGUUGCCAUGCUGUACCCAGAGCUUUACAAGGAUCUUUUAAAGGGAAGGCCAUUAUCAUACAAGACAUUUUUGAUAUGGGUUUUGAUAAGUAUAUACCAAGGGAGCAUUAUCAUGUAUGGGGCACUCCUGCUGUUUGAAUCAGAGUUUGUUCACAUUGUGGCGAUUUCCUUCACAUCCUUGAUCCUCACUGAGCUGUUGAUGGUGGCAUUGACAAUCCAAACCUGGCACUGGCUCAUGAUAGUGGCAGAAUUACUCAGCCUUUCCUGCUACAUUGCCUCAUUGGUCUUCUUACAUGAGUUUAUUGAUGUUUACUUCAUUGCAACCUUGUCGUUCUUGUGGAAGGUGACAGUAAUCACUUUGGUCAGCUGCCUUCCGCUCUACGUCCUAAAGUAUCUGAGGCGAAGGUUUUCUCCUCCAAGUUAUUCGAAACUCACUUCAUAGGAGAUUCCAUCAAUGGAACAGAGACUCUUUUCUUUGUUUUUUGCACAAUACUCAAUGACAAAACCAGUGUGUAUUCAUCAUGGAAACAGCUUCAUCCAGUAGAGGCACAAGGAUCAUACAUUGACUGGGGAAUGCUUCUGUAAAAUUGAAUAACAGGUGGUUGAGCAGAAAGUCAGCAGUCAAGUAAGCUGGUAAAACAUUAAAUAGGUGAGAUAGAUUUGUCACUUUAUAUUUAUUAAACUGAGGACAAAUGCAUGUAACUGGAAAGAGAAGCUGUCUUCUGGUGAGCAGUCAGCUUCUCUGGAAACUGCUGAGAUAAGCUAUUGAGGUGACAAAAAAACAAAUGAAUUUUUCCUCUUCCCCCUUUUUAAAAUAUCCUCAUGUUGUUUUAUAUUACAGUUUAUUUUGUUGUUGUCUUGGGAAAUGCUUCCAAAUGGGUGACAUAACAGACAGCUGUAUCAUGCAGCUCCCUUUUGAUGGGUUCCAACACAAACCAAGUUGCACAUUUCAACUAGUUAGAGUUUUCUUUAAUCCCUUUAAAGCAAACAACAACCCACAGUGAGUCUUCCCUGCUGUGAUAUUGCCCAAUUAUUUUAUAAAGGGAAUUGAUGUCAUGGGCAAAGGGGGAGGGAAUCCAUUUUAUUCAGUGGAAGUGCUUUCUGCAGAGAAUGUUGUGGUCUUUGAGCCAACUGCAUAAUGUGAUCUAUUUCCUGGAGGUUGGGAUGACCCAGGCAGAAGGCUAGCAUGGGGUCCCUAAUGUGAGAACAGCAUGCCAUUUUCAGGGAAGAAGCAGAGAAUAUGUUUAUUUUUUUUUAUCCUAAACCAAUUGUUAAUUCCAUGUAGACCUGUUGAAACCCCCAGUAGUGCAAUGGGUUAAAUCUUUGUGCCAGCAGGACUGCUGACCAAAAGUUGGCGGUUCAAACCCUGGGAGCAGCAUGAGCUUCUGUCUGUCAACUCCAGCUUCUCAUGCUGGGACAUGAGAGAAGCCUCCCACAGGAUGGUAAAACAUCUGGGGGUCCCCUGGGCAAUGUCCUUGCAGGUGGCCAAUUCUCUCACACCAGAAGUGACUUGCAGUUAUUCAAGUCGCUCCUGACAUGGAAAAAAAAUAUCCAAGGAAUUCAUGCAAGCAUUGAUUUACCAAAUCCAGAUUGUUUCUACAUAAAACUUGCCCCCUGCUAUCAGGCCCAUUGUCCUGAUUUGCUCCCCACUUACUCUAAGAUUGAAAAUAUGUCUGGCUACAGAUAUGGAGGAAUAAUUGGGAAAUGGAAAAAAAAUAUCAUCCCCUCUCUAUUUUCUUCUGCUUCUUUACUGUAAAAAUCCACUUUACCAUAUUUGCUUUGAUAAUGUAUAUUCCAGUCCAAUAUGCAGGUUGUUUUAGCCUGAUUAGGGUCUUUUGGUACAAUAUGCAUAUUGAGGAGGGUCCAUUCAGUAUCUCUGACCAACAUCCUUGUUUCCUGCCACUUCCACCUUGACUUAUUCUACAGGUUGCUGGCUCUGCACAAACAGGUGAUUGGAGAACUAGGACUGGGAAAGACAUUAUGUUAGAGAAUAAUAUAUAGAAAGAGGAUAGAUGACUGCUGUAGGCUGAGAUCAGAUGACCAGGCUUAGCUGGCUGACAAUAUGAAUACUACUGCCAUAUUACAACAACAAAAAGAUGUCAACGUUCUUCAGAAUUUUGGAAGAAAUCUGCUGCUAAUUGACUUUUUUUAAAGUGUCUGAAAUGUUAUUCCACAGCGACAUAACAGAUGCAUUAUGAAUCACUGGACUCGAAAGGGAAAGGUCAUGGGAUUCUUGCUAUUUACCAUAACAUAUUUAGACAAUGUUUCCUGUUAAAGCCAAGCUGUGCAGAGAUCAUGAAACUAUACUGUUUCAAACUGCAGUUGGAGAGUCACUGUUGAAUUUUCCUCCCCUAUUCAAAACAAAUCAAAUAUUUUACUUCUCAGCAUAAAGUGUAUAAGGAAGAAGGCUGGAGGAUGUUUAUGGGUGUCCUUUUCCUGCACAAGUACUAUUAAUAUUAUUGGGAGCUGAACAGGAUCAUGCUAAUAUAAAUGAUGGAUUUCACUAGUUGUUUUUAAAUCAAUACUGUUUACACUGAAUGAUCACAAUGCCAUGAGUUGUCAUAUUAACAAAUCCAAAAAGAAAGGGAAUUACUUGGAAUUAUGUUCAGUAAUAUUUAUUGGACUAAUGAUUAUGGAGCUUUUAUUUAGUGACAUUUAACUGUUAAAUAUUAAUUCUUUGUGUAAGACAUACUAUGGAACCUCUAUGAUCUAUUGCUCUUUUGUACCUGUCUUGCACAUGGUUGUAAUCUGUGAAGUAUCUUUUCUCUGAGAAUAGGCUAUUUAAUUUCAUAAGUGUUUGUAGGUGGGGUUUUUUUAUUAAAAAAGAUAAAAAUGUUCAAAACAGCUGUUUGUACAACAAGCUGGUGGCACGAGUUCGUGUUUAGGAUUAUGAUUACUCGUACUAUUAUCAUAGCAUGUUUGGGUGGCUGCAAAAUGAUCUUGUUUGGGGAGAAAACUGUACAUACAGGUGGGUUCUACUGAAGUAAAAAAACUGAUGGAGGAAAUGCCCUUUUGCAAAUUACUUCCAUUCUGUGAGAUCUGGCAACUCUUAUAUCUGGGGACCCUUCACAAUCCUAACCAUCUAAACUAGAAGUUUCUUGAAGGUAUAACUCAGAAUGAACUUGUUUAUUUGAACUGGGAUUGCCCUAGGAAAACUCCUCAUGGGUUGUACUUUACAUUUUGUGUGAUACAGGACAGCUUGGCAGCUCAGCCUGAAAUGGAGAAACACUUGUGGUUAUCUAUUGCUUUAUGGAGAUUUCUGAUAAAUACUACAUUUGCAGUUAAAACCGGUUUGUUUUUGCACUGACACAAUGAUCCCCUUUUCAUGUGACUAUUUCAUAAAAGGGAUGCAGUAUCUUAAGUUCCUGAUACAUUAUUAGAAAUUCUCUGUCCUCUUCCACUUCAGAAUCAUAUGUUUUGCACAUAUUUCCUAUACUUUUCUACAGACAACAGAAUGGGUGAGCAGUCAAAUGUGCAAGUGCUGUAGAGCUUAAUGGAGCAUAUACCACAGUAAGCAUGCAUAAAAUUGGACUGGAAAAGCUACAUUUCUGUUACUGUUGUGCUGGCAACAAUGAACAAUUUGCAGUUAUGCCUAUUGGACAUGUGUGCAAAAUUCAUUUCUACUAUUUCUUUCCUGUCUUCCAUUUAUUCAGAAGCACGAAACGGGAAGCCCCCUCCCCACAUGAAAAUCUACUUGGCAUGAAAGUCUGCCUACAACCUGCUUUCAUGUGCCUCCUUGCCUUGGACAGAGUGUGUAUGUGUGGCAGGGCAGGCAGGCAGGCCUGGAGCUUGGCUGCAGGUGCUCUCCGGGCCUGGCUGCACAUCCCACCAUACAUGCGCUCUUUGAGAGAGAGGUGGCAUGUGUGUUGGGGUGUGCAGACAGGCCCAAAGUGGGCCUGCAGCUGAGUACCUCUUACUCUAGAGUAACAGGCACUCUGCUGCAGGCACUGGCAGGUGCACAUGCUUUCCAGGCCUGUCUGCACACCUCACCACAUACAUACUUUCGGAGAGUGUGGUGGGGUGUGUGGUGGGGUGUGCAGGCAGGCCCAGAGCAGGCCUGCAGCUGAGUGCACGUUUUCCAGGCAUGCUUGGAUGCUCCGCCACACACACAUACUCUUUCCAAAGAGAUUGUGUGUGUGGCAGGGUGUGCGGGCAGGCCUGGAGAGUAUGCACCUACCAGUGCCUACAGCCAAGCCUCUUACUCUAGAGUAGAAACAGCAGGUGCUAGGUAAGAAGAAUGCACACUGGGAAGGGGAGCCAGUGGGUGAGAAUCCCCCCCCCCAAUAAUGAUCUGAUUUUUGGGGGCCCAAAACAAAAGAACUGAAAACAACCCUCCCAAAUUUGGGGGGCUUACAAAAAAUGGAUCAGGACCCCCAACGAAAGCUGGGACACAAAAUGGGACAAAGUUUUCCCUGAUUCCACAUGACUAAUAACUAACAUGUCCCUUCUCCAAAUAACAGAGUAUGGGACUGAUAGCUUUAAUACAAAAUAUCUGUCUCUCCUCUUUCUCUCUCCUCAUCAUACACAUAUACUCAAGGUAAAUUUGUUUUAGAAAGGGAAAGCACACAGUCUGCCAAUUAGUUAAUUUGUAAUAAACAAAUAUUCUUACACCCAUCCUUUAGUAGCCAUUAUCUCCAUUCUUUCCUCUUUACUAAUUGUUUCAGGUUUUGUGCAGAGAAGCUGUACAGUUUAGGACACUUAUCAAGCUGCAUUUCACACUGCAUUUAGAGUCAUAUUAGAUACGAUAUCCAAGAAGAGAGACAACUGUAUUUUCUGAGCUACACAUUAUUGAGGUUUGAGUUUUAGACCAUCCUUGAAACUUUGCAGCCCUUUGCACAUUAUCUAAUUGUUCUUACGGUAUUACAUCAAGCUGGUACAAACCCAUUUUGCUUCACUACAUCAGCCCUUUGCACAUUAUCUAAUUGUUCUUACGGUAUGAUAAACUAUUUCACAUCAUUUUCCUGGAAAAUAGUUCUAUGCUAUGAUGGUAAAAAUUUAAGUCCUUCUCCAAUUUUCAUUGAUGACUGAACAUAUCUUUUUGAGAUUUAAUAAUACAGAAUCUUCUGUUUGAAAAUUCCAAUAAGGUUUUCACUUUUUGAAGAACCAUCUCAUGCUGGUCUCUGGUUCUUCAUUUUUAUAUUCAGCCUAGGAUGUAUCAUGUCAUGGUAUCAAGAGUGUCAUGCACCUUCCCAAAGUAAAACAUCUAUCUUUUACCCGGGAAAGAUACUGAGUUCAAAGGAAUGCCACUAAUUCUGGUGCUAGGUUUUCACCAAGGGAACUUUCCACUCCUGGACACUCUUCAUGGAACAGUCCUAGGAAGACUGGGCUACAUUUGUCCUUAAUAAUUAAACUGGAAUUCUGAUAUUAAAAAUCUUUUGUCAGCUGGGAUCAAGUUGGUUGCUGUCACUGAAUAAUGUGUUUAUUUCUAUGCCUUCGGAUGUCGGAACAGAAGAACAAAUAUUUUUCCCUCUUGUGUUAGGGGAAAUCGAUCCUCUUGUCAAACUAUUUGUGAUGCUGAUGUUUUAUACUUGUCCUCCUGUUAAUUCAUAUGUGCAUAUUCUUGAUGCAAGAGAAAUAUUAUACAAAUUAAUGAAUUGUCAUGUGCAGUUGUGUGUUGCAGAUGUGUAAGAACUUUUAAAAAGGGAAUGAUAUAAUAACAGGUAAAAUAAACAAAUUUUGUGCUA